UCCCAACCCCAACACACACACCUCUCUCUCUUCCUCAUUCUCUCUCGCUUUAUCAAAGCGAGACUCAGAGCAAAUGGCUGAGGCUGGUAUGUCGACAGAUCAGGAUCGGUUCAGCUGUCCAGUCUGUCUGGAACUCCUAAAGGAUCCAGUGACUACUCCCUGUGGCCACAAUUUCUGUAAGAUGUGUAUUAAUGGCUUCUGGGAUAAAGAAGAUCAGAAGGGCAUCUACAGCUGUCCUCAGUGUAGAGAGUCUUUCACUCCAAGGCCUGUUCUACGCAGGAACAACAUGCUGGCUGAAAUGGUGGAGGAACUUAAGAAGACUGAACUCCAAGCUGCUUCUCCUGCUCGCUGUUAUGCUAGACCUGAUGUGGAAUGUGAUUCUUGCAUUGGAAGAAAACGCAAAGCUCUCAGGACAUGUCUGGUGUGUUUGGCCUCCUAUUGUGAAGAUCAUCUUCAACCUCACUAUCAGUCUCCUGUCUUCAAGAAACACAAGUUAGUUGAAGCCUGUGCAGAGCUCAAGGAGAAGAUCUGCUCUGAACAUGACAAAUUACUGGGGAUCUACUGUCGUACUGACCAAAGCUUCAUCUGUUACUUGUGUACAUUAGACAGACACAAAGGUCACGAUACUGUCACAACUGAAGCAAAACGAACUGAAAAACAGAAUGAGCUAAAGAAGGAGCAGAUGAAAUCCCAGCAGAGGAUCCAGGAAAAGCUAAAGAAGGUGCAGGAGCUGAAACAGACUGUAGACAUCAUUAAGAGGCGUUCACAGGAAGCAGCAUUUGACAGUGAGAGGAUUUUCAAUGAGCUGAUCAGCUCUAUGGAGAAAAAGCGCUCAGAGGUGACGGAGCUGAUCAGAGCUCAGGAGAAAGCUGAUCUGAGUCGAGUGGAACGACUCCUGAAUCAACUGGAGCAGGAGAUUGCUGAUCUUAAGAGGAGAGUCACUGAGAUGGAGCAGCUUUCACACACACACGAUGACAUCCACUUCCUCCAGAGUUUCCCGUCUCUCUGUGUUUCUCCUGGAUGUGACGACUCACUCAGCUUCACUGUCAAUCAACAUCUCUCAUUUGAUGGAGUGAGGAAAUCUCUCUCAGAUCUGAAAAAACAUGUCGAGGAAAUCUGUGAGAAGAAAGUCAAAAAAGUCUGUGUAGAAGCUGCAGCAAUUCAGAUGAUUUUACCCUCAGAACUAAAAAGCAGAGAAGAUUUUUUGCUGUAUUUCUGUUAUCUGACUCUGGAUCCAAACACAGCACAUCGUGAGCUAAUUCUGUCUGAGAAGAACAGAGUGGUGACAUGGAGUAAGACACAACAGCAAUACUCUGAUCAUCCAGAAAGAUUUGAAUCCUGGCCUCAGGUGUUGUGUAAGGAGAGUGUGUGUGGACGCUGUUACUGGGAGGUGGAGUGGAGUGGUGUUGUGUCCAUAUCAGUCUCAUAUAAAAUGAUAAGCAGGAAAGUAGAAGGCUAUGAGUGUUUGUUUGGAUACAACAGUCAGUCUUGGAGUCUGCGCUGUUCUUCUUCCUCUGUCUUUUUCAUGCACAACGACAUUAAGACUGUGCUCCAAGGUCCAGUGUCCUCCAGAAUAGGAGUGUAUGUGGAUCACAGUGCAGGAACUCUGUCCUUCUACAGCGUCUCUGACACCAUGAAGCUUCUCCACAGAGUCCACACCACAUUCACUCAGCCUCUAUACGCUGGAUUCUAUUUAUUUAGUUUUGAUUCACCUACAAGGUUAUGUAAUCCAAAUGAAAUAUGAUAAUAAAAAAAGUGUGUGUUUUUAGAUGUAAUAUUGUUCUGAAAUAUUAUUGCCAAAACAAAUAAUGGUGAUGAUUACUAAUCUAAUUUAUAGAUUUCUAAUAAAAUUUAAAAUAUUACUUGUGGACCAUGGCUUUUGCUAGAGGGGAAAAUCUUACAGGUUUUAGAGGAUCUGCACUAUCUUUUAAGUUAAUCAUGUUCACUUUAAUUUAUAGAAUGUUUUUAUUAACCACUAAUUAAUAUAAGUUUGAGAGUGAUAAGCUGAUUCUGAACCAUUUAUGCAAUUAUGCAACCAUUGUAUUGUACAUUUUAUUUAUUUUUUACAUUAAAGGUAGAAAAAGGUCUGA